CGGAGCCGGCAGCGGGAAGCGGCCACCUCCGCCUCCAGGGCAGCGCAGAGCAGGAGACGGUAGGCGAGGCGGGGCGGGGCCGGCGCUACGGGAAAGGGAGGCAGGGCGGGCCGGAGCCGCACCGAGCCAGCCGGGCUGCAGCCUCCACGCACCGAGCGCUACGAUGGGGCUGGAGACUGAGAAGGCGGACGUCCAGCUCUUCAUGGACGACGACUCCUACAGCCACCACACCGGCAUCGACUACGACGACCCUGAGAAGUUGGCGGACUCGAGCCCGGAUCGGGAUCCUAACCGGCUUAACUCGCAUCUCAAGGUGGACUUCGAGGAUGUGAUCGCAGAGCCCGUGUCUGCGCACUCCUUUGACAAAGUGUGGAUCUGCAGCCAUGCCCUCUUUGAAGUCAGCAAAUACGUGAUUUACAAGUUCCUAACAGUGUUCCUGGCUAUUCCCCUGGCUUUUGCUGCAGGGAUUCUCUUUGCCACCCUCGGCUGCCUGCACAUCUGGAUUGUAAUGCCUUUUGUAAAGACCUGCCUAUUGGUUCAGCCUUCAGUGCAGACAAUAUGGAAGAGUGUGACAGAUGUUGUCAUUGCCCCAUUGUGUACAAGCAUAGGACGUGUCUUCUCUUCUGUCAGUUUGCAACUGAGCCAUGACUGAACACUUGGACCCAGGUCUGGAGAUUUGGAUACUGUAAUACUUCUUUGUUGUUAAAGCAUAAAAGCACUGCUGUUCUGUGCAUUCCCCAACUGUUCUAAUUAAGAAAACUAUUAAAAUGGUCAGCCAUUUAGAUAUGUUUAUUGGCAAAUCUUUUUGAAUAAUGCUUUUAUAAUUAAUAAUCAAGAAUUUUAUCUCUAACUUUGUAACCAGAAUUAUACAGUAGGUUAGCAACACUAAUUUUAAAGGCAGACACUUUUUGUUUUAGUGCAAAAGUAUAUAUAUUGUCAUGAUUAAUUUAUAAUGAUCAAGGUACAUUUCUCUCAAAUACUACAAUGGUUUUGUGUACAACUGCUUAUAAAAAUAUGGGAUUUCUUAUAUUUUAUCCUGAAAGUAAUACUUUUAAAUUACCUUUGCAGAAAAAUUCAUAGGUAUACUUAGCAAUAAGAUAUAUGAAGAUUCUAGAAAUUGCAGUAAUGAAAGCAUACAGUGGUGAUAGGGGCGAUCAAAUAUAAUAAAAAACAAAUGUGAAAAUUGAUUCAUGCAAAUGUGUUCCUUUGAAUAAGGUGUUGUUAAUCUACAGUCCUAUUUAAUAAGACAUUUCAUUUUACUAUAUAUUUUAUACUUUUAAUACUUGUAUUUUAAACUUGUAAAUGUUGCUCUAAUCAGAUUGCUUUAAAGCACUUUAAUUAUAUUUGUGUUCUUAUUGAGCUAAUAUAUAGAAUGAGUAACUAUAUCUCCCGCAAGGAAUUUCACUGCUGAGACUGCACUGUCUUGAUUAUGUAAGCAUGUAUAUCUUCUUUGGGAACAGAAUGUAAAAGUCUUUCUAACUUUCCAAGCAAAACCCUGAAAUGUUUUGCUUAAGGUAUGUUGCUUAAUCUGUACCUAAUUCUUAUUUUGUCCUGGAGAUGCUUUCUCUCUUAGAGUUAAAUAUUAAACCUGUAUGCUGCAUUCCUAUUAAUGUUUCACUUUAUAUUCAAGUAAUAUUGGUGCUAUGUAAUAACAUUUUACAAUAAAAGCUAUUUCUUACACUUAAGUACAAUUUCAACUACAGUGAUUCAUAGAGAGAGACUUCCAAGAAAUGUUUUUAUUUUUUGUGUCCAUGCUACUGAGCUAUUAUUUCAUAUAAAUUAAACACUAAUGGCUAUAAACUUUAAAUAUGUUGUCUAAUAUGGGUUUUGUUACAUAGUAUAGGAUUAUUCUUAUAAUUUUGAGUUGAAGAACCCUAUUUCAAUAUUGUAAGUUGCUGUUAUUUUAAAAAUCUCAUUAUUCCAAAAUGAUAUAAUAUAUAAAUGAUGUCUAUGAUGUUAGUGGUUACUAUCAGUUACACAUCUUAAAAGUGUAAAAAUGCUCAAAUGUCAGAAUUACUGUAAGAACCUGAAUUAACAUUCCUUUGAAUAUCUUCGUAGAUGAGAAAUCUUUAUUCAAACAUUAAUUUUAUUUUUCAAAAUUGCCAGGACUAGUGAAAUAAAGGAUGAUCAAACUGGACUACUAUUGAGGACCAAAGCAAAUGAAUGAUUAAAUUAUGUAACUUGUAAUUUUCUGAAAGUAGCCUCAAAAGAAAUUUUUAAAAGUGUCUUAGAACAUUAUAGUAUCCUUAGAAAAGUCCCUCAUGAUAAUUACCUUAAAGCAUUACCACUCAUUUGACUGUAUAGAUUUUAUUAUGUUAGUUAAACAGGUCAAUCAGUUUCAUGACUUUAUAAUCAUACCUUGUAUUUAAAGUGUUCUUAAAAAUAUUUAAUAUGU